AUGACUGACGAGCCAAACGAGAAUCAUAGCGACGCUGCGAACGAAGGCAACGACGACAGCAGCAUCAAUGCCUUCGAGGGUGGCUUGGCAUGCAAUGGCUGCCGCCGGCGCAAGCUUCGAUGUUCUCGCGAGGUUCCCACGUGCCAGCAGUGUCGGAAAAUUAACGCCCUUGAGAAACUCAUUGAACAGCAAGGUCCCCGAGUGACACAAGACGGCACAAACUCUCAGGACACGGCAAAAGAGUCGGUUUCCCCUCCUGCAAGCACUAAUCCAUAUGAGAUUCUUUCUUUAUUUGCACGAGAGUUGCAACGUUUCAAUGAAAUGGCCGCCACAUCCCCCGACCACCAGGCUGUAAAUGGUCCAAGAGACAGACCUCCCCCGAACAAACGCCGUCGAGUAGAUACUGGCUCGGCUGCCGGUAUGACUGGACCUCGUACACAAGUUGGCCUUGAAAUUCCACCAAUGCCAAUUGGUGAAGCUUUAGAGGCAUCUAUGUGCUCUUACUUUAGCCACAUCCACCCAUGGAUACCCAUUAUACACGAGGGCCGCCUGCGACGUCGUCUCGUCCGCCCAGCUGAUAACGAAAGGCUACGGGUAGUGCUGUAUGCCAUGAUGCUCUCUGCGUCUCGAUUCAUCGAAGACGUAGAAAUUUCAUCCGCCUGGACGCUUCCGUACGAACAGCAGAUGAAUGCAAGAGACUGGAUCGUCGCCGAAGCCAUGAAGAGUCCUAGCGUCGAGAGUCUCCAGGCUCUGGUCAUCGUAGCCUUUAACGAUCUGACGGUCGAAAUCGAUGGGACAGACAGACCCUCACUGAUUCAGCCCUGGGUCUCACUGCCGCCUCCUCAGGAUUGGACAGAAGCCGAAGAGCGUCGCAGGGUGUUCUGGUCCGUUUUCAAUCUGGAUCGGUUCUGUUCCGUAUCGAUGGGAUGGAACACUAGCCUGACCUCGGACGAUGUGAGCCGUCGCCUACCGUGUGAUGGCUUUACCUGGCGGAAAGAAGACCCUGUAAACACUCCCUAUUUCGGCAUCUGGGACAAGGCCGCUGGCCGCAUCGGAAACCCCAUCGCGUUUUUGCCUUCGCACUACCAGGCCUCCUCGGAAAGCGAGAAACGCAGUCCUUCUGACCCGGGGGCGUCGCCAGGAGCCCAGCUUCGAGGAACCGAUAUGUCUGCAGUUGGAGCCUUUGCAUAUAGCGUGGAAGCAACCGAAUCACUUAGUCGAGUGAAUGCGUACUUCCUCCAGCAAAAGGUGAACAUACGAGACAACCGUGAUCUGUCGAACUGGCUUACACGCUUCAAAGAGCUUGAUCUUCGUCUGGUCCAUUGGAAGAUGUUCCUACCACAGAAGUGGAAGGCCAAUAUGGCAAGGCAAACGUCACGGAUGGACCCGAAUUUGACCCUUGCUCAUAUCACCCACAAUACCUCGAUUAUCCUGCUUCACCAAGUUAUGGCCUUCCCAUCUCCGGAAUGGAGUUUCAAGGACCGCCUUCCAAGCCUCUUAAGCUUGGAGACUUGCCAGGCUGCAGCUGUUGAAAUCGCAACGAUUACGCAGAAUUAUUUGAAGAACGCACCUCCGACAGCACCAGUGUCUAGCCAGUUUGCUUUCGGCAUUUAUAUUGGCGCAAAAGUGCUCCUGCUAUGCUGGAGACAUGCCGCAGCACAGAGCUCCUCUCUGCAGACUCUUGCGCCUGAGUUCUGGUCACUAGUAAGGAGCCUGGAUGAGAUGGCAAGACGCUGGACUGGGCCUCACAGGCAGGACUAUGAGCGCCUGAAUCUUGCAGCAAAGUACUCGCGUAAAUUGUCUCAAUUUCAUAACAGAUGUCUGGGCGACGCUUCUUAUGCUAUAAGCGUUUUGCGAUAUACUGCCGAAAUAGAUCAAACGCCUUCACUGGGCCGGCCUGGGUCAGAUGCACGGCAUCAGGCAGGAAUUGGAGCUUUUGCGACAGCCUCAGCAGCUCGAAGAGAGUCUCAUCCAGCACAGCCACGCCCUGACUUCGGCUUAGGUGACACCUUCACAGUCCUACCGCCGACACAAACAGCUCCGGUAAUGGGCUUUACGACUGGUCCCACUGGUCUUCUCCAAGCACAGUCUCCCAUCAGCGCCACCGGUAGCGGAGAACUGGGGGCAAUAUCCCAGAUCUUCAUGGACCAGCAGUUCAUGAACAUGGAUCGUGUGAUCAGUUAUGAUGACGGGGUAUUUCAGUCAGAGUACGAAGGACUUUGGUGA